UUAACCACGCCGGCUUGUAAAACAGCUCCAGGACAGUGAACCUUUGGAGUUUGAUAUGAUGUGAUUACAGAAUCACCCCAGUGACACGUUGCCAAAUUCAGCAGAAUGAGGGUCUGAGUCUUCCGGGAGGUGAUCUCUGAAAUUGCUCAGUGAGCACCCCUAAUUUUGCUGAUUUAUUGCUGAUAAUCACUCACAAUGGAAACCAAUCAAAAAUGUGGGGAUGGACUGACUGGCACGCAGAAAGAGGCUGCGCUGCGCACUCUGAUCCAGCGCACAGGAUAUCACAUACACCAGGAAAAUGGCCAGAGGAGAUAUGGUGGUCCACCUCCUGGCUGGGAAGGCCCACCUCCAGAGAGAGGCAGUGAGAUUUUUGUGGGAAAGCUUCCUCGAGACCUCUUUGAGGAUGAACUGGUACCACUCUGUGAAAAAUUUGGCAAAAUUUACGAAGUACGGAUGAUGAUGGACUUCAAUGGCAACAAUCGAGGCUAUGCAUUUGUUACCUUCUCCACAAAACAAGAGGCUAAGAAUGCCAUGAAACAGCUCAACAACUAUGAAAUCCGGAAUGGAAGACUUCUGGGUGUGUGUGCAAGUGUAGACAACUGUCGUCUAUUUGUGGGUGGCAUUCCAAAGACCAAAAAGAGAGAAGAGAUCCUGGCAGAGAUGAAGAAGGUGACAGAUGGCGUCAUGGAUGUCAUCGUUUAUCCAAGUGCUGCUGACAAAACCAAAAACCGAGGUUUUGCAUUUGUGGAGUAUGAAAGUCAUAGAGCUGCCGCCAUGGCCAGGAGGAAACUGCUGCCAGGCAGAAUUCAACUGUGGGGUCAUCCCAUUGCAGUCGACUGGGCUGAACCUGAAGUAGAGGUAGACGAGGACACCAUGGCCACAGUGAAGAUCCUCUAUGUUCGCAAUCUUAUGCUGCCCACUACAGAGGAGACCAUCGAGAAAGAAUUUAACAGCAUCAAACCUGAAAAAUUGUUAUAUAGGUUUGGAACGACACGUGGGGGAGACAAUUUGUGGGAGAACCAUCCCUUUAAGAGUGUUUGCAAAUCUACAGGUGCUGUUGAAAGGGUGAAGAAGAUCAGAGAUUAUGCCUUUGUUCAUUUCUCUCAAAGAGAAGAUGCCAUCAGCGCCAUGAAUGCACUGAAUGGAAAGGUCAUUGACGGCUCUCCCAUUGAGGUCACAUUAGCCAAGCCUGUGGAUAAGGACAGUUAUGUACGGUACACCCGAGGCACAGGGGGUCGUGGCGGUACUCUGCUCCAAGGAGACUAUGCUUACACUGUGGGCCAAAUGUACGACCCCUCAGCUGCCUACCUAGGAGCACCAAUAUUCUACGCCCCCCAUGCAUACACAACCAUCCCGAAUCAAUUCCGCUUCCCCAGUACCAAAGGGCCCAUAAGUACCAGGGGGCUGGUGCGCUCACCCUCUGUGAGAGAAAUUUACAUGAAUGUACCUGUAGGGGCUGCGGGCGUACGUGGUUUGGGUGGGCGAGGAUACCUCGCCUAUGCAGGCGUGGGUCGUGGCUGCGCCACAUACCAACUCAAGACAGACAAACGCCCUGAAGACAAACUGUAUGAUCUUCUUCCUGGCAUGGAGCUCACGCCCAUGAACCCAGUCACUCUGAAGCCCCAAGGCAUCAAACACGCCCCACAGAUUUUGGAGGAUAUUUGCCAAAAGAAUAACUGGGGGCAACCUGUUUACCAGCUUCACUCUGCUAUUGGACCAGAUCAGAGGCAACUGUUCCUUUACAAAGUCACCAUCCCUGCUCUGGCUACUCAAUAUCCAAAUAUACACCCGUUCACCCCCGCCAAGCUCUGUGCAUCAAUGGAUGAGGCGAAGCUGCAUGCGGCAGAACACACUCUGCAGAUCCUUGGUGUUCAGACAGAGGGCGCUGACACUUCCGCUGCUGCGGCCGUCACUGCUGCAUUCCCAGGUAUGUGAGGUUAUACAAUUGCCAGCACCACUGCUACCCAGCUGAAACAGGCUGUUUCUUUGGGCCAGGACCUGACUGCCUAUGCAACCUACGAGGGUUACCCGGCCUUUGCUGUGGCAGCCCGUGGGGAUGGAUAUGGAGUGUUUUAAUACCCCUAACUAACAGUCUCAGUCAUUUUUGUGUUAAUCUGUUCUAUGUAUUCUUUCGUGUUUAUAUGUUUAGUAGUGAUUGUUCAGAGUUAUGAUACCUUUAUUUCUUCCCAAGUGUUUUAUGAGCAUUUUUGCGAUAUUGAAUAUGAGUCAACUUUUGACUUAGCUCAGGAAGAGGGCAACCUGGGGCUGGUUGCAUUAACCGCUAAGACUAGUCUUACAAGUUAGACAUCAAAUUGUUGUCUUUAAGGCUGUUCAUAACUUUUUUAAAUCAGUUACAUAAAAAUAUAGAUUGGCCUACUUUGAUACCAAAAAAUAAGACUGACUGCCUCUUGACUAACUGCUAAUGGAUCAUAUUAGAUCUUAAGACACUGUCUUGACAUAAUGGCUAUGUUUAUGCAUCUGGCCCCUGAAGGCUGUCCACAACUCAAUCCCAAAUGUUUUUAGAAAAAUGUCAAUUUUUAUGUUUUAUGAUUUAUUGCUGUUUGUCAAGGCAUAAAUUGCCUUGAUUAAAACAUUACUUGUGUCAUAAUUUGUGGUCAUCCAGAAUGGUGACCCAGUCAAAUCUAUUAUUUUUACUAGCUUUUAAAUGAUCUUAAUUACUGAAAUUUAGGCUGGACCCUUAUUCAAUGCUGCCUUUGAACGAUUGCCUUUAACACUAAAUCAUUACAAUUGAAUAUAGGUAAUUUUGAAACACACAGUAAAACCCUCUUGUGCUAUGGACUUUUAUCCAGACAUUUACUUUAGUAAUCUUUGGUACUAAGUUGUAUUUAAAGUAGUUUGUUUUUGUGUUGGUUUUCUUUCAGUAUUUACAUUAACACCCAAGUACAGAGAGUUUUAACAGAUCAUAUGCUUUCAUACAUAUGUAUUUGCAUGUUUUAUGAUUAUUUUCGAUAUGGGUGACACUUUGUAUCUGGUUCUUUAGUAGUUUUGCUAUAUUUUAUAAGAUAUUUACAGGCUUGCUACUAAAAUUUCCCACUUCAUUCUUUUUGUAAGUGGGGAAUAGGAGAGCAUUGUUUAAAUAGGGUGAAUUCAGGGUGAUUGGGACACUUUUUGCCAUUGAGAUAACUUGGAAAAAAUUGUCCCAAUCAACCUGAAUUCACCCUACACAUGGACACAUUUUUGUUAAAUAUAAAGAUGCCUUACAGGUGACAGUAUUAAAGUUUGUGUAGCACUUAGAACUUAUUUUUAUACCUGAAUUCCAACUCUGUUUAUAUGAACUUUGUUUUUCGAUCAUAGACUGUUUGAAAUAAUUUAUUGUCUCAGCAAACUGGAGGGAGAAUUGGACAGGCAUCGUCAGGAAAAAAUAAGCUGAGAGCUUCAUAGUGCUACAGAGUAAGAGAGUUGUGAAAUUAUAAUUCCAGUAAAUCAACUAACCAUCAAAUAAACCAAAUUCACUUCUAAACAUC